AUGUCACAUGCAAGGCGUCUCCAACGGGAGCUUCAGAAAAUGCACCAAGACGUGCCAGUUCCAGGGAUCACAAUGGUCAACACAGAAAACUUUACACAGUGGCAGAUGGAUAUCGAAGUUCUUGACCAAAACCCAAUCUACCAUGGCAAGAUCUUUCGCCUGAACUUCAAGUUCACAGAGAACUACCCAAUAGAAGCACCAGAGGUUAUGUUUGUUAGAGCUAUAGAUCGAGAAAUCCCCAUGCACCCUCACAUUUACUCCAAUGGCGUCAUCUGCCUAGAUCUUCUUUCUUCUGGCAAUGGCUGGUCACCCGUCCAGAGUGUGGAGUCCGUCUGCAUGUCAAUUCAGUCAAUGCUUACAGGCAACACCAAGAAUGAGCGGCCUCGUGGUGACGAACAGUUCGUACUUGGCGCUGGAAGGUCCCCUAGGCAUAUCAGAUUUGUGUAUGACGAUCCUACAGUUUGA